GAAACUAAUUUUUAUUAGUUUUAUUAAUUGAUUGCAUUUAUAAACAGUUUUUGUUUUUUUAUUUUGAUUGAAUUGAUUUCAACGAGUUUUCAACACUGAAGACAACAACAACAACAACACCAGUGAUGACAACAGCUAUGAAUGACUCGUUUGAUCGCUUCGGCGCUAAUUUAACUGAAGUAUUGCUUCAAUAUCUGCCAAUCGAUGACAAACUAAGACUGGAAUCGGUGUCCAAACGGUGGCAGUCAUUGAUAUUCAACGGACAAAUACAUCUGGUAUUUGAUGGAAGACUAUUCAAACAGAAAUUAUUAUCAGAGAAGGAAAAGUUGAAACUGUUUGAAACAAUAGUUAAAAAGUGUCCAAAUAUUACAACAGUUAUCGUUAGUGAUGUCUAUUUGUUGGAUGGUUUACUGGAUCUAAUCAAUAGACACUGCGACCAAUUGAUACACAUAUCACUCAGUCGAUACCAUACUGACGACUGGACGAUCUUAGAGCCGAUAUUUGAUCAGUUUAUCGACCGAUUUGCCAAACAGUUACAGACAUUUAAGUUUGCCGGCAAUGUUCAACAAUUCAAUCGACAACUACUGUACAAAGUAUGCGACCAACGAUUGACUAAUUUGAAGACAGUAGACAUCACUGGAACUAUUAGUUUGAACGACUUGUUUACCGAUAGUCACUUCAAGGGCUAUCGCUUACCGAACGGUUGGCAAUCGUUUGACAUCAAACUGGCCGACGAACAGUCGCUGGCGAUGUUCUCUCUAUUUGCCGGCACUUACGGAAAACAGAUGCGAUCACUGGACAUAUCGGUGACGACGACUACAAUUCUAUCAAAUACCGACUAUCACUGGUCAGUGAUCGGCGGUUUGUCAUCGUUGUCGCAAAAAAUGCCACAAUUAAGACAAUUGUCGCUGAAUUUCGUUUACAUUGCUGACUAUGAUUUGAUCGCAACUUUUUUGUCACGAAUUGGACGCAAUUGUCGACAACUUUUAUCAUUGAAUUUGCUAUUAAAUCGCACCGAUAUUAGUCUAAUCGGCCAACUAUUUGACACAAUCAACGAAAAUCUAUCGCAAUUAAGACAACUAUCGCUUAAUAGUAAUUAUUAUGGUAUAACAGCUAACAGUAGUAGCUAUCAGUUGGCCAGCGAUCGGCUUAAUCGUAUGAAUCGCUUAAUACAUUUGUCUAUACGAGUGAAUAAAUCGGGAAUAAUUGGUGACCACUUUUUCGUUAAUAUUCACCAGAAUCUACCGCGACUACAGUCGCUGGCCAUCAGAGGCCAGGCGUCCAUAACUAAUGCGUCGCUCAUUUCAUUGGUAAAGUUAUCGCAAUUGACUGAUGUCUAUAUCGAUGGCGACACCAAAACCUUGACUACAACCCAACCGAUCAUUGAAUAUCAUUUGCUUUCAUCCACUGAUCGGUCGAAAAUCAAACACUUGUUUAUUAAAUAUAUGGAUCUGUUUGAUGGCAUCAAAGAGUUUAAAUUAUUAUAAUAAUUAAAACAUAAAAAUAAU